UGAAACUUCCACAGAAACAGUUUUGUAACCGGCUACCUCCAACCAAUCAGAGCGUAGCUCUGCUUUCACGUGACGGCAUUUUUACGUAACAAACUGGUGCUGUGGAGUCGCCAAGUGAAAACUCAUUUAGAUUUUACAGAGGAGCAACUAGAUUAGAUACUGUAUAUACAUGUUGUAAUGUAUUUGUAAACAUUGACACUUUAUUCUGUGCUAUCCUUUCUAGAAUGUCUGUCCUCAGCCACAGCGCAGAAGAAACGACAGAAGAAAGAAGGGGAUACUUAUCCUCUUUAAGCGCAGUGGACAAGGUAGAACACCAGAAACUUAUUUUACAAAGAGCUGAGACGCUAGCAACAGAGAAUAGUCUGAAAAAUGCAGUAGACAUGUUUUCUAUGGCUUUCAUGUGUGGGUCAGUAAGACCAGAACAACUGGGCUCUUUAGUGGACUGUUUUUUGCGGAACUACAAGAAGAUCGAAAGGGUGAAGUCGAGGGUGGUUACCCAGAGUGACUGUGACUGUGAGUGUGAUGGUGAAGCAGGGAGUAACGUUGGUGCUCUGUUUGACUGUCCUGGUUGUCACAGAUUCCUUUCUGACCCUGUCACCAUAGCUUGUGGGCAUAUUUACUGUAAGAGGUGUUUGCAGCGGAACCUGUUCUCAAAGUGCAGGGUCUGCAAAGAGACGAUAAAAACAUGGUGUGGCGACAAGAGCAUAUUGAGACCAAAUGUGAUGCUUUGCAGUCUUUUGGAGAAGUGGUUCCCUGAUGAAGUCAAGAGGUCCAAAGUAAAUGGAGAAAUAGAAGAACAUGUGAGGAAAAAACAGUUUGAAAAAGCUGCAGUUCUAGUAAAUGCAAACCUCGACUCGGAUCCAGAUAACUUCUUAUUGAAAACCUACAGAGCUGAGAUAUAUGCUGGACUUGAACAGUACACAGCCGCUAUUGAAGAUUUGGAAACUUUGUGUGUAAAGUCGUCCAACUGGCCAGAGAGAUAUUUUAGAAAAGGAAAAAUACUGCAUGAUAUGGGCCAUAUGGACGAGUCUUUACAACUGUUUCUUCAAUGCUUGGCCUUAGAUGAGGAUUUCGCACCAGCAAGAACAGAGGUUGAAAAGAUCUUGUGCGAUUUACUAUCUCCUGUUCCUGAAAGUGUAAAAAAAGGUUUAAGGGAAACUACCCUGAGUUCCUCACCACAUCUUCGCUGGAAAACCUCCAUAACUGAUGUUCAUUCUGCAGGAGGCGUCAACGACAUGCAGUCUAGUUCUGAAGAGAAAAGUGAAGUGCCAAAUCCAUCUGAAGACCGUGAAAGGUCAGUACUGAACCAGGCUCAGUCAUUGCGAGUUCAAAACCAGGUGGAAAACCUGUCGGGAGAAGAAGGAUUGAAAAGAGUUUCAUCUGCUACCCAGCUCUCUGGGCAAGAGAAGGGGGGUCUACUCAAAAGGAAACUGUCUGCCUCAGAGCAAGACAAAUCGGUUGUCAAGGGAAGGAAUAAACAGAAGAAGCAAGGAGAGACUGAUACAUCUUCCUGCUGCAGAGAAGUCCCUAAGAAGUUAUUGGAUGUUACAGAUUUUGAAUGUUCCCUAUGCAUGAGGUUAUUCUAUGAGCCAGUGACAACUCCUUGUGGCCACACCUUUUGUAAAAAUUGCUUAGAGCGAUGUCUCGAUCACACACCACAGUGUCCUCUCUGUAAAGAAAGCCUAAAAGAGUACCUAGCAUCUAGGAAGUACAAUGUUACACGGCUGCUUGAAGAGCUAAUACAAAAGUAUUUGCCUGAGGAGCAUUCAGAAAGAAAAAAAAUUCACCUGCAAGAAACUGUUGAACUCUCAGAUUUGACAAAGAAUGUCCCAGUCUUUGUUUGCACUAUGGCAUACCCCACUGUGCCUUGUCCUCUUCAUGUGUUUGAGCCAAGAUAUCGACUAAUGAUUAGAAGAUGCAUGGAAACUGGCACCAGACAAUUUGGAAUGUGUAUCAGUGAUGCUCAGAAAGGUUUUGUAGACUAUGGCUGCAUGCUGCAGAUUCGGAGUGUCCAUUUUCUUCCAGAUGGCCGCUCCGUUGUAGAUACAAUCGGUGGAAAGCGUUUCAAAGUCUUGGAAAGGGGAAUGAGAGAUGGAUAUUUCACGGCCAACAUUGCAUAUCUGGAAGAUGUAAAGGUACAAGAUGAGGAAGAAUUUCGCAAACUCCAAGAACUGCAUGACCAGGUAUACAUGCAAGCCUGCACCUGGUUCCAGAACUUGAAAAAUAGAUUCCGGGGGCAGAUUCUUCAACACUUUGGGCCAAUGCCAGAGAGGGAGGAAGACAUACAGAGAAAGGCAGAUGAAGAAAGAAGUGGUAGUGCUCCACCACAGAAGAAAAAGCGUGAACACAGUCUACAGAAUUCUCUUCAAAGCUACACCGAGAAGUGGCACUGUCUGCGUCAGUCCAAGCUAGAGCACCAUGCUUUUUGCACGGUGUGUAAAGUAGAUUUUGACAUUAGUCAACAAGGAGCUUCAGACUGCAGACGCCACAUAGAAGGGGCUAAACACAAGAAGUUGGCAAGUGCUGUAGCGUCUGUCCCUAAGAUUAAUACAAUGUUCCUGCCAACACAUGACCAUAGGACCAUCCGAGUAGAGACACUGUUCACAUCUUUCCUAGUGGAGCACAAUUUGCCACUAGCUGUAGCAGACCACGCUGGACCCUAUUUCAAAAAGAUGUUCCCGACAGCAACAUCAGCAAGCAGUGUGGUUGUGCACGCAGUAAUUCCUCCAAUAUUGUGAAGACAUUGGCUUCUCAUGAUAAACAGUGCAUUGCGGAUACAAUGAAGACAUCCCCCCUUUAGUAUUGCUACAGAUAGCAGUACUGAUUUUUGAUGACAUCAAGAUGUAUCCCAUUGUAGUGAGAUUCUUUUAAUGCCAGAGUCAACAGAAUUGUUGUUUUACUGCUGAAGAUAGUCGAAAGUAGAGUCCACUGGCUGAGCGAUCUUCAAUGUGGUGGAUGAUGAGCUGAGGAGGAGGGGGGUAACCUGGCUAACUGUCAGCUUUGCAGCUGACAAUGCAGCUGUGAUGCAAGGCCGGGGAAAGGGAGUGGCACCCUUUUAUAAAAGGUCAACACCCACACAUUUACUUGGUUGGCUGUGCUUGCUGCCUUAUUAACAUUGCUGCAGAGAGAGCCUCCAGGGAGCUGUCAGUCAGCAUCGAAGACCAUCUAAUCACCAUCUUCUACUACUUGGAGAAAAGCAGCAAAAGGAAGGCAACACUGCGUGAGGUGCAGAAGAUGUGUGAGGCUGAUGUCCUGAAGAUUCUGAAGCUGUGUUCCACCAGGUGGCUCUCUCGAGGUGUGAACUGCCUCCUGGAGCAGUGGGAUCCUCUGACUUCAUUCUUUGCUGGAGAGGUCAAUUCUUCAAAACCAGCAAAGGCUACAAAGACCGCUUCCAUGCCAGCUCCAGCGAAGUCCACUUUGCAGGCUGAGAAGUCACCCAAGGCCUCGUCAUCCUCCAGUACCGCCAGCAGUGUAAAGCCAGCACCUACACCUACAACUUAAACUUCAACAACUGGGACAGGGUUUGACUUCAGUGCUUUCCUCUUCAAACAGGUAGAAGUGGCCAAGCAAUAGAAAACAUCUAAGGAAAAAAAGGUCAAAGUGUGUCAGGGGAAGAAACCCUCUGCAGGGUUCUCCCCAGGCCUUUUCAGCCGGGCGGGCCGCCCGCCGAAAUGGCUGUUGCCGCCCUCCUGAAAAAACCAGAUCUGCCCGUCUUGCAGAUGCUACUGUGCCUUUAACAAUAAGGACUGAUUGUGCUUAUAGCAGACAAGGUCACUUCCACGUUGCUGGGUGAAAAAAAAAAAUCUUGGAACCACCUGACAGCUGUCUUGACACAUUUAACCAAUCGGAGAGUUGAAGGGGCGGGUUUUGUGUGUUAAGCACUUUGAGAGGCUAACACGUUAAAAUGACUGCUAAAAAAAGUCAAUUAUUUUCAAAGCAAAAAUAGUGACAAUGAACGCAGGGUUUUCAAAAUAAGCCAGCAAUCGGCACAAUCCACCAUCUACUUUUGAAAAUAUUAAGAUUAUUUUCGGGUAUUAUCAUUCAGUCCAUUUUUUUGUUGUAUUAUUGUACUGUGAGGUGAUAUAUACUACAUAAUAUCUGUACAUGUGCACCAAAAAAAAUAUGUACCCAGGUGCUUGUGAGAGAUAUUGGGGGUUCAUGUAUAAAGGUUGUAUGGGAUAUCAGUUGAACACUUGUUAGCUGAUAUACAGAUGAUUAAGUGCCGAGGUGCUGGGUUAUUACACUCUGGUUUCAUGCAACAGUUAUGAUGGUGACCAAAUGUGUGUGAGUACAUUAACAAAAAAAUGUAGAACAGCGAAAAACAAAAACAGACGUGCAUUAACAAAAUGCCCUGAUAACAACAUAAAGAAAACAAUUUAAAUGAAGCAAUAAGCUCAAUAAUUAAGCUAAAAAAAGAAAUGAAAAGGUUACUUUUUUUUUUCUUUAACUCCAAUAACCCUACGUUCUCUUUCCCCAGUCAAAUAAAGCGUGGUAAUUUACCAUAUUAAAAAAACAGUAAUGAAAAAGAAAAUGUAGAACAUACAAAAGCAAAACCAGAUAUAGUCAACAAAAGACAACACACCAUUCAAAUUCUUUGUCGUAUUAUAUAUUUAAGGUAAGGCAAGUUUAUGUUUCCAUUAAAAGUGCUGCCGGCUAUAAUUUUCUGCCGCCCAGCUGUACAGAAUUUCUGGGGAGAACCCUGCUAUGGGAGUUCACUAUCCAAGCCUGAGAAGGUGCACAAGUUUCUGUCAGACCCUGUGUCCAAGGUAUAUGUACUAUUUUUGAAGAGGGCUAUACCAAUUUUUGACAUGCGAAACCAAGCUUUGCAGAAGGAAGAACUCUGCAUCCACACCCUGCUGUCAACUUUGGAGAAACGACUGCAACAAAUAUUGCUGUGCUUCUGCAAGCCAGAACAAGUUGUUGCCAGAAUGAAAAAUGUGGGAAGAGGUUUGAAGCCCACAGGCCACAACAAAAGGGAAAACCAGCUUUCUGAUGAGCAACUUGAGCCAGACGAGCCGACACCUGAGGCAGUUUUACAAGGAUGCGAGGUAGUUCUUCUCAUCAGCUGCUGACUAUGUGAUCCAGAAAUUUCCUUUUUGAGAUGAGGUGUUGGUGGAUGCAGCUGUGGCAGACAUCCACAAAAGGCAGUCAUACAGCUCCCGCUCUCUCAUGUUCUUCAUCAAUCGCUUUGCCUGUCUGUUGCCGGAGGGGGUCACAGUAGACCAACUGGAAGAUGAGUUCUGCCUGCAUCAGGUAAAUGAUUUUGAAGACCGCAUCCUGACCAAGCGCAUUGACGAAGCCUGGAGAGAGAUUAUCUUGAUCAAGGUUGCUGACAAGCAAGUCUUUGCAAGUCUUUCUGCAGUAAUGCUAGGCAUUUUGGUCAUCUUCCACAGUAAUGCUGACUGUGAAAGAGUGUUCAGCUUGGUGACCAAAAACAAAACCCAACACAGAGCCAGCCUGAGCACAGACAUGUUAAGUUCAUUUUUUUUCCUUUUUUGAAAGUGCUUUGUUGGGGAGAAGAUUAAAAAAUGUAUUCUCUUUGUUUUAAACAACUCA